AUGAAACUUUUGAUUUUGAUCUCUAUGCUGCUCAUUUGCUUAGUGAGAUCUAAGUUUAUAGAGAGUUUCAUUAGUAGGGAUCUUCAAACAGCAACUUGUCCAAAACUCACUAUCAAGGAAUCUUAUUAAUUAUCAUACGGUUCAACAACCAUUAUACAACCUACUUACACAACAGUUUGCAGUGGAGUUACAUAUACUAUCAAUAGUGCAUCAAUUACUAAUAAGGAAGGGCUUACUUCGACUGGAGCCACUAGAGGAUUUAAAGUCUCUGAUUGGUCUUAAUUCCUUGCAGACUCCUAUUAUAAUGUAACCAUUAAAGUAGUUUUCAAGCAUCCAAAUCAAUCAGAAGUAGAGGUUAAUGACUAUUUCUUUAUAGUCAUCGGAAGCAGUAAUAUCCUCUUUAAGACAAAGGGAGCAUUGGUGUAUUCAUAUAAUGAAACUUUCACAGUAGACUAUUCUGAUACCUUAGAUGUGCUAUACCCCAAAACAAGCACCUUAACUUAUACUUGGGCCUGUAUGAGUAAUUUUGAAGGCUGUUCGACUCUUGGAGCUGUUAAUAAUUUUGAUGAAGUCUCAAGAAUCAAGACUUUCAAAAUGCUCUUCGACUUCAAGUACGAUUUCAUUGUUACUAUUAGGAACACAGCUUACAAUAGAGCAGUUACUGAUAGAUUCUCAAUAAUGAUAAAGUCCCCUUAAAGUUAAUUUUCUUCAGAUUCUUGUAUAGUAAUGGGAAUGAAUUAUCUUGGUCUCCAAUCUAGUCUGACCUGGCUCUAAUCAAACAUGAUUCAAUUGACAAUAGACAGCUUGAACAUCACUGAUUUUAAAAUUGGAUAGCUAUCAUUCAUAACAACUUAAUGCUCACCAAAUGAUAUUUUCCAAAGCCUUUCGACUGUAUCUCAAAACAAUAACCUGCUAUUUAAUGAUCUGAAAUAGUUAGAAUUCAAUCAAGCAAGUUUUUCUAUUAAAAAAGAAACAAUUUAUGAUGCUUUUCUAGCAAACAAAAACUAGGAAUUAACUUUCUAUUACUUUAUGCUUGAUGGUAAUCAAAUAGUCAGAUAUUAGUACAUUACUAUAAAAUUAUAAUUAGAUGACAAGUCUUUAUAUGCAGUCGCAAAGCAGAACUUUAUUAUAGUAGAAAUGGACAAGAUACUUUAUCUAGAUGGGAGUCUUUCCUAUGAUGCUGCAAAUGCUACUAAUACUAGAUUCACCUAUUAAUGGAGUUUGCUCCAAUAACCUAACACAGCACUACCAUAGCAACAAAGAUUAACUAUUUACCCUUCUGAUAGAUCUAAGUGGGGUAUGAACUCACCAGGAAGUAACUAUACUUAUUUAUUAAAAGUGAGUGACUCAACUAAAUAAAGUGCUUAAAUUAAAAUCAUAGUCAAGAUCAGGCCAAUAACAGAUAGCAAUAAUUGUGUUGUCAUAAGUGUAAAUGAAAUUACUGACAAUUUAUUUAUUACUGCCCCUUACCAAGAAUUAGAUUUCCUAAGUGUUAUCAGUAAUAAGAAUUGCGGGAAUACUAAGACAGGUGUAAUAACUUGGUCAUAAAAUUAACUUCCUUAAUAACUUUGGACUUUGAACAUCAACAAUAGAACAGCGACUAUGAGUUCAGCAUCAUUAUCAUCUAUUCCUAAAUCAUGGAAUCUAACAAUUACGGUUUCCAUUCAAUACUAUUUGGGAACGAGUGAAUACUAGUCAUCGUAUUCAUUCAAUCUAUUUAUACUAAGAGAAUACUUAUUCCCUCUAGUGGAUCUUCAGACAACUAUAAAUUUUUAAGAAUAAAAUUUGAGAUUAGAUGCAUCUGGGUCAUAUGGAACCUAUGAUGCAUAAAUUGGAAAUAGCAAAUCUGCUGUUUGUGAAUGGAGAUGUCCUAGUGUUGUAUAAACUAUUUGCGAUAGAGCAACCUACUCAUCAAAUAAUUGUGUUAUGUCUCUUUCUAGCGUUUUAACAUUACAAAGUUCCAGCUACUAAUAACUAAUAAAUCAAGCCCUUCCCUUCUUUGUGAGUAUUACAAAAGGAAAUUAUAAGAAUAGUACUACUUCGAUAGUAUUCGUAUAAGACUAUAAAGCAACUGCUAUUUGCUCUAUAAACACAAUUAAAAAUUUCUCUCCUAAUCAAUAUGCAAUCUUCAAUGCCUCAUGCCCAACUGGAGUAUAAUCCUAUAAGUGGUCAAUUUAGGAUUCAAGUGAUAAUGUUAUUAGUGAUAUUCCCUCCGUACAAUAUGACCAAUCAUUUCUCUAUAUUCCUCCCUAUGUGUUGAAUAAUUUUGAGCAGGUAAAGCUAAUGGUAUCUGUAAAAUAUUUAGAUGGAACCUAGACUCAAGCUAUAAACAAAUAUGUUAAUUAUAAGGGAGGAUUUUAGAUUGGUACACUCCUUAUUAACUUCAAUCAAGUUGUUUCAUAUCUUACCAAUCUCAUACUCACUCCUAUCAAUACUACAUCAAUUGCAACAAAUAAAGCCAGAUAUCAAGUUAGAAUCAAAUAAAUAGACAAUCAAUUACCAAUUUAUAGGACACUUGUAUCUAAUAUGGAAUUAGAUACUUUAAAGCCAUUAACUAUUUAAAUUCCUGUCUUGACUUAUGAGAAUGCACUUUACUUUGAUGUGAUGGAUACUGAGGGAAAUUACCAGACUAUCAGAUAGCCAUUAAAUUCUAAACCAGAUAUUCUACUUAAUUCAGUGACAAUGAACACUAGAGUCACUAAUUUGCUGAACUCAUUCAGCAAUACAUUCAAUGAGACAGAAUUUGAGCUCAAUAUUUAUAGAUUAUGGAUAACUUUUGAUGCUUAUGGAAGAGAUCAUUUCAACAAUCAAUCUUAGCCUGCUUAAUUUUUUAGAAAUAUAUCUGAGAAUGCCACUCUCUAUAUGUACAACUAUCUUAUCGCCGAUCAACGUUUGGAUGAUAUCAGGGCUAGUGAUAGAAUUAGCUUGAUUAAGCAAAAUGUAAUAGAGAUAGCAUGGCAGAUGACUAAGAAGAAUAGAGAUAUGAGAAAUAUUGAUAAUUUAUAUGAAAUCCUCAAAAUGGUAGUUAAUGAUGAGUUUUACGUUGGCAAUAUGAUGCUUGAUACAACAAUAAGGAUUCAUUUGAUUUUUUAGAAUCUUUAAACGCUCAAUUACAAUUCAGUAUACGAUGCUAUUCUUGUGUAAAUGUAUAAAAGUUUAGGAUCUUUUAUGUUCCAAAAUUAGUAUAUAACAUAUAGUAGUCUUGAUGGCUAUUAAGUUCAUGCCUUAAAGCUUAGCAAUGUAGUAACAACUAUUCCAGAUAUUACUGGCUAUACUUUCAAUAAAAAUGUACUAUUAAGUAAAGCAGGCAAAGGUGGUUUAUUUUACGUAGUCAAAAAUGACUCCUUCAUUUUUGUUUAGUUGCUGAACUCCAACUACUAAUAUGUAUCAGUCACUGGUCUAUCAGCUGCUUAAUCAAACAAUGUUACAUUCAAACUCUCAUCGGUAUAAUUAUAAAAGUAUCUAGAUGGAGGAUUAGGAAUAUCUUGUGCAUCUAAGGAAACUUUGUCUGGAACUUAUUCAAAUGUGACCUCUAAAAUAAAAAUUGUCUCUAUAAAUAACGAUACUGGAGAAAUAUUGUGCAAUGCUAAUCAUUUCAGUCUCUACACUCUUGUUACCUGGAAUAGGCCAAUAAGUUCAACCAUAAACAAUACAAACAAUUCUACUGGAGGCAACAAUCAGUCAACAGGUAACAAUAGCACAAACAAUAUUACAAACAACACAAAUAAUAACAAUCACACUGAUUAAGAUCAAGAUGGAACUGGAAUUGGAGGCAAGUGGAACGAUACUUUAGGCCCAUAGUAAAACAUUUCAAACAUAAUGACAUACUCAAAAUUUGAUCCAUUGAUAUUUGAAUAGCAGGCCCCAAUGAUGACAUCCUUAGCAAUUAUAACCUUGCUUGUGUUUAUAGCUAUUAAUCUUGGAUUUUGUAUUAAGUUCAAAACUGAACAUCAAGAUUAUGAUAAUUCUGAUUAAAAACCUGAUAAAGUUCACUAUGAUAGCACAAAGUCUCCCUUAGCUAAUAAAUGCAAUUUAUUUAAAAGACUAAUGGAGCAUUUUAAUCCUUAUUCAAACUUAUUCACAAUAUACAAUUAGUAUCUUCAGAGAUGGGUCAGAAGUACUCUUGUUUAGAUUUAUUUUAUGACUCUUUCACUAGUAUUUGGGGUUAAUAGUUCACUUCUAACUUAUCAUUUAAGCUCAAUUGGGGAAGAAAGUCAAAUUUAACUGAUAGGUAUUAUUUUUAUAGGAAUAGCUCUAUUUUCAAUAAUUAGACCUUGGUGCAUCGAAUUCUUUUAUAAAAUGCUCUAUGAAGCCGGAGCUAGAGUAUAUAUAAUGGAUAAUACAGCUUAAGUUAGUAAUGAUCUGAUAAAUUAAGAAAAAGUUAUAUAAGAUUUCGUAGCAAUUGAUAUGAGUCCUAAGUAAUUUAAAUAAGAUAAUAGAUUGAGUGAUGUUAUAAAAUAAUUUGACAUUAAUAACCGACAGCUAGAUAGAAGUGACUUAAGUGGAGAUGCAAACAAUGUACCAUUUUCACUGAGAAGGUCUUUAAAGCAUAGUGAUGAUGAAGAUGUUAGGUAAACUUUGCAAAUGGAUGAUUCAAAGAUUUCCUUCAAUUAAGAUGGCCAGAAGAAAAAGUUGUCUAAGUUAAAGAAAAUGAUAAAUGACAAACCCUUAGCAUUUAAUAAAUAAGAAGAAUCUUUAAACUCCUUUAAAUAAGCAACUUUUAACUAUCCAAGUAAAAUUGGACCUGAAGAUUAUAAUCCAUAGUCUUAGUCAAAUUUUAUGCCUUAGGAUUAAAGCUUUAGUGAUGAAAAAUAUAAAAGAUUUGCAAAGCAUGACAAUCGGAAUGAUGAUAAUGAUUUAAAACUACCAACUAUAGAUAUUCAUGGUGGCAAAAGAAAAAUCAUGGGUGUGACAGACUCUUAUGAAAAAUCUACACUUGAUAGACCCUAGUAAGAUAAUCUUGAGAGUAGUUAACCAAAAGUAAUUGAGAGAAAUUACUUUGAGGAAUUCAAUCUGCUAGUAGAUUAGUUUGACACUGUCAACGAAAAGAUUCAUUCAAAGAAUGCUUAUGAUGAUAAUUAAAAUGUUGCUUCUAAUGAUAAUCUCAUUUAGCCUACUAUGUUUGAAGGAGGCUCAGAAGAGGAGGAAGAAGAUUAAGAUCAUGCAGAACUUGAUAGAGAUGAGAGUGAUAAUGAUGACAUGACUAGUCAUCGAAUAAAUCACAAUGUAGAAGCUUUAAAAAGAACCUCACCUUAGUCAGAUAACUAAGUAACUCUGAAUUAAUUCGUUGAUGGAGGGCCUAUUUAAACUAAUCAAAGCUUGAGCAAAACUACUUAUGAUAGAAUUAAGGGCAGCAAAGUUCCCAUAGAAAAUGAAUAUCAUAGGAAAAAGUUAGAUGAAGUCGUAUUCAAAUAAAAAAUCAAAGAAAAAUCACCUUUGUUUAUCAAUAAAAUCAUUGGAAAAGCAAUGCUAAUUCUGUGCUGGACAUUACUUAUAAUUGGAAAUAUUUUUUCAUUAAAGUACAUGAGUCAGGAAAGGUUUAUUGAAUGGCUGAUACUUUCACUUGUUGCAUUUGUUUUCAUUUAACUUGUUCUUGAUCCACUUCUGUACUGGAUUCUAGCAAGCAUUAUGGUUGAAAAAGAACAAAUUAACUUCUUUGAAAAUAAUUUCAAGUGUACCAAAUGUAGUGAAAUAUUCAUAGUGCUAUUUAUUGGAAAGGCUAAAAUGAGAGACUUUAUGAGAAUUCAUGGUCCAAAAAAUAAUGACUUUGCAAGCAGAAAUAUGGAUAAUAAACAGUUAUUAUGA